CCAUUUCACAUACUUAAAAAGUCAAAACUAUACCUUGUCUUAGAAUAUUGUUCUGUUUAUGGUAACCAGUUGGGGAAGAAGAUUUCAUUUAUGGAUGGACAUGAUACCUAACAUGCUGGUCCUUAAGUAACUAUGCCUUGACAUGGAACUAUUGUGUGUGCUGUCUUUUAAUGGAAGAAAAUGGAACUGGCCAUGAUGCCAGGAUGGAACAGUCUCAUGAUUUAUUAGUACUCAACUAUAAUAACAUCGAAGAGUCAGAAAGAGAAGUUCAGGUGCUUCAGCAUCUAACCUGCAUGGAUUCCAGGGAUCCUUCCUUUGGACAAAAUGAUUCUUCUGCAGUUUUGCCCAUCACAGUUGGUGUAGCAGAUAAUUCACUCCCAUCACAGCAUGUACCAGUCCAGCUGUCACAGCCACAGUCUCUUUCCACAGAGCAGUUCCAUCUAGUAGACCAAAAUGGGCAUCCUAUUCAAUAUGAGCUUCAGUCACUAGGGGAUUAUAAUACACAGAUGAUGAUUGUUACUAGUCCAUCAGAAAAUGGACAGGUGCUUCAUGUAAUUCCAUCUACUCAGACAGGAAUGGCACAAGUUAUCAUUCCUCAGGGGCAGCUCCUAGAUGUGACCAGUCCUCAAGAUAUUUCAGAAGAGAAUACCACUGAUGGACACUUACAGACUGUAGCAGUGACAGCUAUAGCAGACAAUACCAGUAGUUAUAUUCUUCAUCCACAAGCAUCCCUCUCCUUGCCUAAAAAGACAGCAACUAGAAUAGCUGAAGACCCUUUUCCUGUCCCUCUGCAACCACUUCUUCCACAUACUCCUACGUGGGCUCAUCGUCUACGGAAUUGUCAGAAAAUUGGAGAUUCAUACCGUGGUUAUUGUGUGAGUGAGACAGAAUUAGAAAGUGUACUAACACUUCACAAGCAACAGACAAAGACUAUAUGGGGGACACGCCAAUCUCCAAGCCCAGCAAAACCUGCUACACGCUUAAUGUGGAAAUCCCAGUAUGUUCCAUAUGAUGGAAUCCCUUUUGUCAAUGCAGGCAACAGAGCCAUAGUGAUGGAAUGUCAGUUUGGGCCAAGGAGGAAAGGUUUCCAGGCCAAAAAAACUGGUGAGCAGGACAGCACCUCUUCCUGUCAGCUCUACAAAGCCACUUGUCCAGCACGGAUUUACAUUAAAAAGGUACAGAAAUUUCCUGAGUAUCGAGUUUCUACUGACCCCAAAAUUGAUAAGAAAAUCAUCAGAAUGGAACAGGAGAAAGCCUUUAACAUGUUGAAGAAAAAUAUGAUAGAAGCUGGAGGGGUUAUCAGGUGGUAUGUACAGUUGCCCACCCGAAAAGCUCAUCAGUAUCAUGAAUUGCAGAAACCUUGCCUCAUUCCUUCUCCUUCCCCUCUUCUUGUGUCUUCACUUGAAAAUGAGGAAGAUACAGUUCGGGAUGAGAAUUGCACUUUAUCCUCACGUCUACAUCCACAAGUAGCAGAUAAGAUCAGAGAACUGGUAUCUCAGGGAAUAGAACAAGUCUAUGCAGUGAGGAAGCAACUAAGAAAAUUUGUAGAGAGGGAAUUGUUUAAGCCUGAUGAGAUACCUGAAAGACAUAAUUUGUCCUUUUUCCCAACUGUGAAUGACAUAAAAAAUCAUAUUCAUGAGGUACAGAAGUCCUUGAGAAACGGGGAGAUGGUGUAUAAUUCAGAAACUCCUCCAGCUACGUUCCAGUGGACUUCAGACAGUGCGAACAUUCUCACUGAGACUGUAACAGUUACAUUUGCAUCGCCAUCCACUGAGGGAAGCUCACCAGGAGAAUCGAUUAUCACUAAAGUGGAAGCAAAUCAGACAGGGGAGUCUUUGUCUCCAGAGACAGCCCACUUGCUAUCUUCACUCUCUUCACUUCAGCCCAAAAUAUUUGCCCAGUUGCAGGGUUUACAAUUACAACCAGCAUUCACUUCUACUGAUGGAACAACUGCUUUGAUAUCAGUAAAUAGUCACUCUCAUUCUACUUCCGCAAACCUUCUGGAUUCAGUAGGAAGUGCUGUUAUGAACCAUUCUCUUGUACUCACUCAAGGACAUAACUUUCAAGCAGGAACCUGCCUGACUCAGAAUCAUCCUGCUUCUUCUACAUUGGGGAACCUUCCAGGACCAGAUCAGAACCUUGUUACAAUGGGCCAACUGGUAGCAGUUGGAGGUGUUGAGGAUACAAGAAGCCUAGAAGGAAGUAUUCAUCAGAUUUUUUUGGGAGAUGUACAAACCAUUCCAAUCAGGAUUGUGAACAGCCAUCCUACUUUUAUUGAAGAAAAUCUACAAGGUCCUAUUUCUGUGAAUCAAGUUAAAGAAGAGCCCAGCGAAACAGCUUUAUCUGAGCAAGCAAAUAAUAUUUGAACAGAAAUACCUCAUCCAUAGUUUUAACUUUCUUAAGCCUUUUUAAUACUUACAAUUUUGAAGAAUUCAACUAUCUUGGAAAUGAAAGUAGUGUCGAAAUGGUGCCAUUCUUCACAGUGGUAUUAUAAAGAGUAUGUUAUAGAUGAGUUCUAGUGGAUAUUUUCACACAAAACUGAUAAUGAUUUGUGCCAAUUCAGAGUCAUUAUGUUACCUUAUAAAAGAGUUUCUCUUCUCAGUUUUGAGUAGAUUUGCUAUUUCAAAAUUGUCUGAUUUAACCAGUAUUUCAAAAAGUAGGCUAAAAUGAAUGAUUUGCAAGGGUUUGGUGCCAGUGUAAAUAUUUCUCUUACUCAUCUUGCAGAAAGUCUUAUCUGGUUCUGGUGCUUCAUAGCUAUCAAAAACAUGCUCUUACAUGCAUUAGUCAUAAAGCAGACUUUUUUCCCUUUUUCCUAUUUGAAUUUUUAGAAACAAGAUGCUAGGGCUUAAACUGCUAAAAGAAAAAAAUGGCUUUCAUAAGCAGAACCUUUCUCCUUUGGGAAAAAGUACUUAAUGAAGAGAUUGAAUACAAGCAAGACAUUCCAAGGAUGAAGAAAAUAUGGAUGCUACAUGAAAGCUUAUUAAAAAUAUGAUAUGUGAUAGGUAUCGUUUGUUAAAAUCAUUUUUAAUAUUAUAAAUUAUUUUCUCUAGGGUUACAAUCUGUUUCACUUGGAAAGAAAACACAACAGUUUUUAUAUUAUGACUUCUAAUACCCAUAGUCAUUUCUGGUGAAAUGUGGCUGUAUUUCAGCUACUUCCAGUACUUAACUUUUUGCACUUCCAGUUACAAAGAACUUGUUAAUUAAUAGUUUUCAGAAAGAUACUUAGAAUAUUCUAAGUACAGAAAAUCCUAUAUCCUUAAAUAACUUGAAUUAUACAAAAAAGCAAUAGAAGUACAUGUAGCAUAGAUAAAUACUAUCUUCAUAGUUAAAACACUACCAUCAAUGGAAUUAGAGAACUUUUGAGAACACAAAAAGGUUCUCAGAGGUUACAGGCAAUUUACAAACCUUUUUAAACUGAUCUCAGAGAAUUUUUUUUUAUUACAUUGAAAAAUAAAAUGGGCAUGUAUUUACAUUUUUUUCCCAUGCCAAACAAAAUUCUUCAUGGAUUGACUGGCAUUUAGAACUAAUGUAUUUCCAUUAAAAGUAUUUAUGCAUAAAAUUUAUUGUUAUUUAUAGUAGUAAAAUGUAUUGAUCUAUUGUAUCUACUAAUUAAAUUAUUAAUAUUAACUUUAAAUGCCAAGUAUCAUAGUAGCAUUUUCAAUACAAGCCCCUGUUUUCAGGUAUAUUGCUAAGCCAGAAAAGUCAAGAAUAGUGUCAAGAAUUCAUCUUACUUAAAUUUUUUUAUUUAAAAAGUUAUAAAGAAGGAUUCAUCAGUGUUAGAUAUUAAAGAUCCAGAAUUUUCACAUAGACAAUGCAAAAUGAUGUUUGAUGUUAAUAUUUUGACUACUUUUUGUUUUUCUAAAGUGAUUAGGCAAAGUCAUGAAGGAUUCUCAUCCUUAAUUUCAAUUAUUUUAGUAUUUGUCUAUAUUUGGAGAGUUCUUUCAUUCCAAGUGGAUGAAGAAUGGAAACUAUAUCUUAAUUAUAAAUAUUUUUGCUUUAUAUAUUUUAUACUUUUGGUAUUAUUUAAUAUAAAGUUUAAUUUUUGGUUAAGUCUAAAACUUUUUAGUAAGAAAUGUUUUCUUUCCUAAGGAAUGAAAAUAUUGAAUGUGGGCAUUCAUAGUGGCUCCAGCUCUGCUAGAUCAAAUUAUGUUGUCUGUGUUAUAUUUGAUCUUUUUUUUUUUUUUUGUUAAGUCCACUGAUAAUUUGCCUUAAGUUUAAAUUUCUACUAAAGUUUGUGGAUAUCUUGCCUAAAACCAAUGAGUGAAUUUGUUAAGUUGUCUAUAUUUCAAAUUUAGGGAUAUGGAGACAAAAAAAACUUUUACCUUCCAUUGCUGCCUCUCACAUUAGUGUUUUAUUACUGUUCCUUAAAAUUUCAAAUAGUAAAUCUCAGCCUUACUGAAAUUAUUAAUUUGGCAUUUUCAUUGUUUCUUUUAGAGAUUUUUCUUUCCCUUUAGUUAUUGAAUUGGUUAGUAAAAUGAUAAUUAAGAAGCAUAUCUUGUUCUGUUACUUUAAACUAAAGAGAUGUUAGAGAAUAUAAUAAACCUUAACUCUUAAUGAGAAGAGUUUUGUACAAAUAUUCUUUUCAUCUCAUUUUGCUAAAUCUCUGCUUUUUAUUAUAACAAAAAGCAACAGUAUAUUCUAAAAACAAAUAUAAAAGAAUGCUUAAAUCUUUGAUUUUACAUUUCUUUCAGUCUUAUAGGUAGAUACUGGAAAUAUCAGUAUUUUCAUCUGGGUCUUUCUCCGAGUAGUUCUUCCAAAAGUAACUACCAAAUAAGUUCUAUAAACUUACUACUCUUUGUCCUCCCAAGUGCAUGCUCAGGUUAUAUAAGUGUUGCCUUUGAAGGUGCCUAGGCUUUUGUUAUUUUUUUUUAAGUGUUUACAUAUUUUGUCUUAGAUUUGUUUUAAGGCAUGUGUUGAAUUUGUCAUAAUGGUAUAACAUUUUCUAUAACCACACAAUUGGCAUUCUAGUUUUUAUAUAGCAAAUUUUUACAUAUUCUCUUGUGUGUAAUAUAUAAUAAGGUGGACCCAGGUAGUGAGGUUAUGCAUUUAAAAUAAGCAGGUAAAGAUUUAGAAUUGACAUUUGGGCAAAUUUCUGAACUACUGACUAAUUAAAAUUAUUCUUUUCAUAUUCCAAGCCACCAAAUUUAUUUCAAGUCCCACUGCAAAUCAGUUAUAGUUAAACAGCUACAAUUUCCCUCAAUGUCAGUUUCCCAUAAAGGCAAUUAGUAUCUUCAAAACAAAAGGCUUAUGCAUCUAAAAACUGUUAACUAAAAGGCAGAAAAGUGAUAGAAAACAUGGGUCCCUUGUUUUGGUCUUGACUAGUUUUUAGUAUUAAACUAAACAAAUCCACGUUUUCUCUUUAUAUACUAUAGAGACAUGCUUAAUCAUGUGGAUAUGAAAAAUGUUUAUAACUUGUAUAAAGUUUAAAAAGAGAAAGUGUAUAUUUACUGUAACUUAAUGUAUAGUGUUCUUGUUAUAAUGUAAUUUUUUUCAACAAACCAAAAAGAGCUUUUUAAAAAAAAAAAAAAGAAAGAAAGAAACUUGUUAUAAAAAUUUUUAUAUUUCUCUUGGAGAUUGAGGUGCUUUUUGUUUAUUUUGAUGCUAUAAAAUAAACAUCUUGUUACUAACUACUUUGAUAGUGAAACAUCUUCUAUUUGGAUUGUGAAAGUGCUUAAUUAAGCAUAACUGGUAUGAAAUAGCAUAAAGCCUUGUUAUAAUAGCAAACAUUGGCAUUUAAAAGAAUUCUUUUAAAGAUGUGGAAAGGAUCAUUUGUACAUAAGGUCUGCUAGUUUUACCUAUUUCUUCUUUAAUUCUUUCCUUUUUCUUUAUUGUAUUCACUCUUAAGUUCACUAUCAUUCUCAGGAGGGGUAGAAAUCUUUCUUCUACCAUCAGGUAUGCCAGAUUAAUUUAAGGUCCAGAAGCCUUCAAUGAUAGACUCUAAUGUUUAUGAUUAUUAACAAUUUCAGUCAUGGUAACUAAAUUGUAGUGCCAGAAGGGAUCACCUUUUUUUCACUUGAAUAGAAAAUCACAAACUCUCAGAAUUGCAAGAGAUUUCAGAGGUCACCCAGUCCCACCUGGAUCUGGUCAGGAAUUCCCUCUAACAUGUCCCUCAAAAAAAAGUCAUCCAGUUACCACUUGAAAAUUUAUGGUGAUAUGGAAUGCACUAAUUCUCAAAUAGUCCAUUCUACUUUUGGACAGCUCUCAUAAGUUUUCUUUUUGCAUUGAAUUAAAGUUUUCAUCAGUGCAACUUUUAUCACUGCUCCUAAUUCUGAUCUGAAUCUGCUCACAACCUGUUGGUCUUCAAUAAAAUAUCAACCAAUUCUGGAACUGAGAAAUGUGGGUGAGCAGCAAGCUAGGAGAGAAUGUUCCAGCUAAAUCCCAGAAAAGGAUUUGCUUUGGGUUGGAAGAGAGUGCUUCUGCCUUUAUUUCCCCUCCUGCUAUCAUCAGAAUUGGGCCUUAGGAGCUUUGAAGGAGCCAACAGAUUUGGCACUAGGUAUACCCCUACAUAUCCAGGCUGUACUUAAUUGGUCAAAUGAAAAAAGAGGUACAUAAAUUCAUUGAAGAAAAAGAACCACUGGAAUUUGAAUAGGGGGAAAAUGGGUUCCGAUCUGUACUUUAUGAAGAUUAAGUUGAUAAUCCACUAGAGGAUGGACUGGAGUAUGAAGAAAUGAGGCAGGAAGAUCAGCCAGUAGGCCAUCCCAUAUAAACUUCUUUGUUUAUAGUGGCUUUUUAUCUUAUAUCUGUAGUCUUCCAAGGGACUACAAAAUUAGUGACCAACUAUACCAUGAAAUAUAGAUUUUGUUGCCUUUGGAUGCAUUAUAAAACAACUCUACCAAAUCCUUUAUUUCUUCAUGAGAAUACAUGAGCAAUCAUUUCAUUUAACUGCAAGUUCCUUUUGCCUCCUGGUUUCAUUUGUGUGAAAAUAUCAACAUAAAUGAAGUUCAAUUGUUCUAAUUGUAAGUCAAUUUAUUGGUAAUUGAACAAAGAGCUUGCUAUACUAAGUUAAUGUUGACAGAUAGUCUCAGAAGAUGUGUAUUCUUAGCAUUCUCUACUUCCUUUUCUACCUUUCUAUUACUGUCUUUCUGAUAAUAAACAAGAGAUUGCAUUGGACUAAGUGCCAUUUUUCUUUGUAUUGUGAGUUACCAUAGUUACCAUAGAAAUAAAGGGAGAAUAAAUAAUUGAGGAGAAAGAUGGUAUGCUUUGAACAGUCAAUAUCUUUAUAUAACACAAGAAAAGAUUUGGGAAAAAUAAUUUGUAGAUGAAAUGUAAAAUAAAUCAAAAUUCAAAUGGGGCUAUUUCAAAGAAUUAGACAAUAGAACAUCGAUGAGAAAGAAAAAAUGCAUAAAAAUCUUAAAGGUAGUUAAUAGGGAAAUGAAGGGAAGCAAGGUUUUGGUGGAGCCAACUUUAUAAACUUGGGAGAACAUAGUGUUAAAUUUAAUUGUUUAAUUUUCACUGUGAACAUUUACACUUAAGAAAUUGGCAAACUCUACAAGGUUUGGUAUGUUGUGUUGAUGGAUAAAAUGUGAAUAAUGCAAAUUAAAUUUAAAAGUAUGCCCUAUAGUGAGUGUUUUGGUUUAUCUUUCUCAAAAAGCUGUGUGUUAAAAAAUUUACCAGCAACUCUAAUAAGAGAAAGCAGAAACUUGUAAUACCAAAUUGCAAAUCAUAUUAUAACUAUAAAAACUAUCUAGGACUAAAUAGGAAAAAAAAAAGUCAUAGAACUAAAAAGUCAAAAUAAUCUGGUCUUUGAUAAAUACAUAUAAGAUAAAGUAUAAGAAAAAUGAGGCAUAAUUCAAUAAAGUUCUCUGAGAAAAUGAAUUAGGUGAAUAUUUGAUUCAUAAAUUAUAAAUGGAUAAAUAACAUAUAACAAAAAUACAUUUUUUGUGGUGCACAUGCCUAAAGAAACUUUGCUACAAAUUUUAAAAUAAAACAGUCCAUUCUAAUGUAUUCUUACUGAAGCUGUGAAUUAGUGUAACUCUUUUGGAAAUCAUUUUGGAACUAUGGAAAUAAAGUAAUUAAAAUGUUUAUACA